AUGUCUAUCAGCAUGGCCCUUGCGGAAGUCAACAAGCACAUGAAUAAGGAGUCCAGCAACACUAAGAAACAGCUAAUUGCUGAUGAACAAUUUCCAGUAUACUUGACACCACCCGUGGGUGCUGUUUCUGAAGGAGAGGUCCUUCACCUCUUAGUUUCUUCUCCUGAGGCUUGGAGAGAGCUGCACGAUGCAAAGGGACUACGGGAAGAGUACUUCGAAACAGUUCGCGUGCGCGGCACGCAGUCUCAGGUUGCCAGAGACUGGGAAAAUUCCUUGAUCAAGAGCAGCACCCCAGGACCUUCGUUCCGGAAUCGGCAACCCGGUAUGCUUCAAGGUAUAUGUGUCCUUGACCCCCGUACUGUCCAGGACCACCAGGAGCAUUUUGAAGAUCCUCGCUGUCUACAACGAAUUUCCCAGGCUGUAAAACAGCUUGUGGACCUUGGUGGGCUGUCAAUCGAAUUCAAUCUUCACGGAAUUCGCCAACUGGAUUUCUCAGCCCUGACACCGCUUCUGGAACAGGGCUUCGCACCAACAAACCUCCGCGACGUUCGUCUCAUCGAUCGUGGAGGGAGUAUUCGUCCCCAAGUCAGCGAUCAUGUAUGCUUCAAGCUACAAAUUAAGCAAAAUUUACAAUAUUCUGACGCGAGCAGGUUCCUUGAAGUUUACGUUGUAGCUGCACGAGCCCUUGACCCCGCACUGCUCGGGACCAUCGAGAGAACUUUGAAGAUGCCCGCUGCAUUCGACGAAUCGCACAAGCGCUCAGAGAACUCGUAG